AUGUCCGGCCCAUACCGCACGGGCGGACGGGCAGACGUUCGUUCCGGCCUUGGUCCCUCACGCUCACGCUCACGCUCGCCAAACAGAAGGCAAGAUUUCCGGCCCAUCGAUCUCACGGAAGAACAUGAAGACGACGACGACGACGACGAUGAUGACGACGACGAUGACCUGGUGAUCACAGGAUCAAAUCGGAUCCCAGCAGGCGUCUCCCGACCACCGAGGGCCCAGGUGCCGAGAAGAAGACCGGGACCAGCACCCGGCGCGGGACGCACCCCGCGGAGAAGACCUCCCAUACAGCAGAUUGCCCCGAAUAAUCUGCCGCGGCCCAUGGUCCCCCCGGAUAUCGUACCGACGCCCCAAUCGGCCGGGCGUCAUGACAGGAAGAGCUUGCUGAAUGAUGUUAUGAGCAUGUGGUGGAACCAGGCGGGUCAGGAACGGACGAACCCGCCCAGUAGCCAUGCGCAACAAAGUGCUAUGACUGUGUUCGAAGUCACAGGCAGUGCAACCUCGCAACGGUCGGCUAUCCAUGUACCCGUGGGGUGGGAGGCCGAUCGAAGACAAGAAGACCAAGCUGCAGCGCAGAAUAACGCGCCGAUGGCCUACCCCCCGAAUCUGGCUCCACAGCCACAGGGGGGAAACCAGCGCAUAGGAAACCCCAACCCAGCAGGUCGCGGCGACGGGCUAUACGACAACACUCCCACGGGUAGAGCCAUGGCUGCGAGCUACCUGGGAAUAAAUCGCGACCAGGCCAGCUCGCGUGAGCUGAAUCAAGCCUUCAGGGAAAACGAUCCCCGGAUGUAUCCAGGCGCAGCUGAACCAUCCAUGACCCGGAAUCACCGCAUCGGCCAACAGGAUCGCCCAAGAGGGCAGAACACGCUCUGGUCCCGCGUCAAGAAACAACCCGCGCCCGAGAAGCAGAAGUCCACUCCCGAGGCCCAGGUCCCAGAACCCGGCGGUGAUGAACCGCGCGAACAGACCGCAGGAGUCGUGGAUAAUAGGAUGAGGUGUUACCCUCCGGCGCCACCAUCUCGGAGACGACCUCAAGCAUCCAACCGGCCGAGGCCUGCUCCGCCAGCUGCGCAACGCCAGCCGGCAAGGACGCCUUUGCAACAGCAGCCGGGCCCAAAUCCUUUUCAACAGCCACCGAGCCCAUCGCCUUUUCAACAGCAACCCCCCCCAAUCCCAGGGCCCCCAGCUGUUGACGCUUGCGACUAUUGCCGUAUAACUGGAGCGUUGUGCGACGCCAACGAUCGCUGUCAGAACUGCGUACAGAAUCUCACAUACUGCGUUCGCAGCAAUCAAGCAUAUCCGGAUCAACAACCGCCGCCACCCAAUUAUGAUUUUGCCCCUCCCCGUCACGACCCCGAUGGCGACAUUGACAUGGAGAAUUCCAAUAUUCCCGGCGUUUUCCCCAAUCCUAAUGCGCCCCCGCACAAUGGCGACCACUUCCGCAGAACGGGCGUUGCGCCACCGCCCGCAGAAGAGCCCUUUGCAGCCCAGAGACAUGCCUUCAACCAAAACGGGGACGGCUUCGGCGGGAACAUUGAGGCCGGGCAGCGAGCAGACUGGGAACACCAGGUGGCGGCGCAGACGUGGACCCCCAGUCGCCUACCAGCAGCAGCAGCAGCUCCGCCAAGACCAUCGCAAGGGUCGUCUGCUACAGUGCCGGUGCCAUACCGACCCGAAAACCAGUAUCCCGCAUCUCAGAUCGGGGACCAUGUCCGUUCCCAGAGCAUCCAGAGACCCGACCCGGCAGCAAACAACGUAGCCGUGAACCAGCCUCUCCAGAACUGGGCCAGCUACGUAUAUGACGACGCCGGGCGACAACGGAGCGAGUACGCCGGGCCAACGGAGUGGCCUUGGCCCAGCCUCGACCGGAUCGCAGACUCGCACGUGCACGAUCCCACGUACGGGCUGGACAGCGAGCGGCCGUGCGACGAGCUCCGGCUGACGGGAGACAACCCCUUCGUCGACUUCGACCUGGACAAGUGCGGGAACGUGCCCACGAAGAAGUGCGAGGUCAACGAGCCGCAGGAGAUCUACCCCCAGCGGACGCUGCGUCACAUAGAGGAGCCGUUCCACAGUUGCAAGCCGUGUCGCGAUGUUCUCGAGGCCUUCUUUGCGGCGCGCUAUACGGAAUUGGUGGAGCAGACCAAGAUGUAUCUGUGUGGGGUUUGCGCGAACAAGGCGAGAACGCAGAAUGUGGCCUGGAGGGGCUUGUGUCUGUGUAUGGCUUCGUUGCAGUGUCGCUGGGUCUGCAGUUAUCAUCGCGAAGCUCUUGUCCGAGAAGAGGAUUUCAACCUGUUUGUGGCAGCGUCAGAGGACUAUUUGAUCAGGAAUGGGAUCUUGAUUAAUGGUCAGAACAGUCGGUGUACUGCUUGCUUUGAAAGGUUUUCGAUGCCGCAGGCUCGGGUGUGGUCGUGCAAGCUCUGUAGAGAAUCAUUCAAAACCUCUUUAGCUGUUCGUAGUACAAGCAUAGAUUCAUCCUCGAGUCCAGCUUUCUUUUUGUUGCCGAUUGGGGACCCUAUUUCGGCAUCUCGUUCCGUGGUGAUGAAGCCCAAUUUAAGCGAGCUUAGCCCCAGAGGUAUACCGCAGAAGAAAGCCAUUGUACCAUCUGAGCCCCCAACCAUGUCGCUGCGACCACAGCAGCCAUUCGGCCGGCCAAACUACACCGAAGCGACAGACGAGCAAGAUGACGAGGAGAUGGAAGGGGCGCAGGACGCGCCACCGCCUUCCCCUCCCCGCCUUCCUCCCUUAGCAAGGGGCAUCCACCGCAAGAAGGUUCCAGCAGCUGUAGCCACGCCCAGCAGCAGCAUAGCGCUACCGCAACUACCUCGGCCGGUUGUGCCGCUUGUUAUGGUGCCCACGCCGGCCGUCAGGGGACGACCCAAGGACAGGAGAGAGAGUCUUCUGCACGUGCCUUCUUCAUGGUGGAACGCGCCGGGGCAGGAUCGGACGAACCCGCCCAGCGAUCGCUGUUUCAAGUGCUGUGACGACAGGCGCACUUGCAACGUGGGGCUCGUUGGGUACCCGUGCUCGGAAUGUGAGAGGCGCGGACCGGCUGUGGCGGCCCAGUGCAAGAAUGGCGUUCCGACUGUGAGGUGGGAAGACCGGAUCAGAGAGGAAGACAGGGUUGCGAGAGCAAAUGGCCAGCCUCUGGGCUAUGCGCCUACUGCUGUUGGGCCCCCGGGCCCGGGCCCGUCUGCUCCUACGGUUGCAGCAGGAAGGGCUGCUGCGAAUUUGAGAGCAACUGGGAGCUCCUCCGUCGCUACUCCUGCCGAUAGUGGUGUCCAGGGCGGAUGGAGAGGAAGGUCGCGGGGACGUUUGAACGAGGUGAGCGAUAGCAAUAUUAGGAGAGCAGCUCUGAGAGACGACAGGCCUGCCAGACGUAGAAGCGCUAGCCCGGAAGGUUCAUCACGGUCGUCGUCAGAAGGCCCAUCGGCAGCGCCAGGGCUGAACGAUCCCCCAGGAACCGGAGGGAGGAGAGGCCGUCUGACAGGGCCGAGAUGUAAACAGUGCGAGAGGUCCCGUAAGAGGUGUAACGAUGCAAGACCUUGCGACCAGUGCCUCAGACGUGGCAUCCUCUGCGAAGAGAUAGAUCGUGUGAUCAGGGCUACAGGAGCGGGUACUGGUACGGGAACAAGAGGUAGUAGGGUGAAAGUGGCCACCAAGCCUCAACCAACACCUGCCGGGGGAAAGCCUACGAGACCGUAUAAAUUCGGGCGGUGCGAGAGGUGUAAGCGUUUGCGGAGACCGUGUGGGGACGAAAGACCUUGCAAUCGAUGCAGCAAAGCCAAUGCCCAGUGUAUAGAGCAGGACGGCAAGGCCUAUCCCGUGAACCCGGGACAGUCGGUCGACGAGGGAGAAGGGGAUGAUGCCGAGGACGACGAAGAUCUGUCCAUGUACGACAACGGCAGAAACCGACUUGGAGACGAUGAAGACUCCCCAAUGUCCGGUGUCGGGAAAAUUACCGGCGGAAAUCUACGCCCAGAAGGCGCCAUGCUGCAGAUAGCCGACUCCGACACGGAGGAUCUCUUUCCUGCAUCGCCACGUGCUGGGUCCAACCCCUUCGAGCCGGAGGAUCUCUAUGGUGCCUCGCCUCGAGCAAGAGCUCGCCCAGCAAGACCUCUCCAGAAUCUUGCCUCGAGACCGCCACAGUCCCCAGUCUACACACCAGGGGGCUUCAACAAUAACAACCAUGACCAUCAUCUGGGCCCAUUCCCUCCCGACAACGGGUACGGCCAUACCGCGAACCCAAAUCUUGGGAUCAACAGUUUUGACGACAUGAUGAAUGUCGUUUGGGAGGACUGGGUGGCAGAUAGCCCUCGGCUCCCCCCGGGCCAAGCGAGAACGCUCAACCCGUUCGCACGAGUCGCAGACGCACCAAGAGGCUACCAUGAUCUGCAUCCCAGAGAGAGGACGACGCCGUUCUAUCGUACAUCGAGAGCGGUUGGAGGUGUCGCCUACGGUGAAGGCUUCGGCGGAAACCAGCGAGAAGGAUGGUACAGACCGUUCUGGGAGAUGCAAGUGGGGGAAGCUUCGUGGGCAUUCCGAGCGCGAGCAGCGCAGGAUGAUCCAAAUGGUCCAACCCAGUUCCACGGCCAACAAUUUGACCCACCUUUCGAUCUUGCCACGGUCAACGUGACCGUACCGACAGUAGUCAACAACCGCCGCCCAGGCGAUCCUUUCGCCCCAUUCGCCACGUAUUCCUACGACGGCAGUCUUAGCACCAUGGGGGCAUUCCGCUGGCCGUUCCCGGAGAUCGAUCCCGUCAACAACGAGCGGCCUCUCAACCCGCUCACCUACCAGGAUCUGGAAGACGUGCCCUGUUCGGAAGAAGAGGACUACUUCAGAAGGAUCUCGGACGGCAACAGCGGGUUACCGUGCGGGAAAGUCCCGUCGAAGGAGUGCGAGGUUGAGCCCCUGGAGAGCCUGCGACACAGGACUAUACCGAUGCAGACUUGCCACGAGUGCCACGAGGACCAGCUGCGAGAUUCCAUGGAUCGUCAUCAGCGCGAGAUCGAAAGGACUAAGUCAUGGCUGUGUGUUGAUUGCUCGAAUUCCGCGAGAGCAGCUAAUGCGACCCGGCCUCAGUGCAACUGCACGGCAAGCAGGAUGAACAGUUGGCUGUGCCAUGCUCACCGGGAACAGAUAGAUGGCCGCGUUGAGGGCGCCAUCCUCCAAGCAGAAGAGCUUCUUAUCCGACUUGGGGUUUUAGGGACUGGCUUUGGCGCUCGGUGCGUUGCCUGUUACCAGAAUGCAGCGGAACCCAGGUCCGGGGUGUGGGCAUGUAAACUGUGUCGCCAAUGGGCGGGGAACUGGUGA